GGCGGACAUACGAUAUACAGCGUGACAUGACUAAUCGACGUCACGCACCGCCAUGAUCACAUGACUCUGUCACGCUUGCCCUGGUCUUUGAAGGGUGUCCGCCGUCGCUGGCGGGUGGACGACAUGCCAGUGCUGUCGUUGUGAUACACCGACUGUCCAUAGACCUUACGGUUGUAUUUUCUGUACAUCUUGUCUGUUGCAUUGUCGCUGGUUUAGAAGAUAGCCGAGUAUGUCCCACCCGUGGCAUGGCGAAGACCCGGGCCCAUCAGUGCCAAUGCCUCAGCCUGACACCCCGGAAUCUGACCUUGGGUCGGAUUCACCAAGGACGGCGCUUCUCUCCCUCCCUGAGCACCAUGACUCACCAAGGCAGCAUGUUCGCGGCCCAAGUCAAAAGUUUCGCAAGCGACGCGAACGCGUACAUUCUUCUGAGACUCCGCGCGAGCUUCUUCGUCUCUUAAUUAAUGAGGAAUAUGAAAGCCGGCAGACACGCAAAGUCCUCUACACUGUAUUCACUCGACUCGAACAGGAAACCCAGCGUGCGCUAGAUGCACAAAGGCGUUUAGAGGCAUCACUCGCGCGGGCCAGGUCUAUCGACAAUGCGCGGGUUUCGGCUCAGCAAGAUGCUGCCCGCUCAAAGGAAGAACUGAGGUUGUAUAAGAUACAGUUCGAGAACGCACAAGAGGAGAUUUUGCGUGCGCAGCAAGUAGUUCGUGCCGUAGAGGCUCAACGUGAUGAAGCCGAGGAGCUUGCAGCAUCCGCACGCUCGAAGGCACGGCGCUUACGUCAGGAGCGGCUUAUCGACCUUGCCCGUGAGGAAGGUCGGAGGCUAGGUUUCGAGGAAGGUAUUCGUCGUGGCCGGAAGAUAAGGUAUAGAGAAGACCUCGCCGUGGGUAUUGGUGAUGGCCGCCUCCAGAUGGAGGAUGUUGCUGCCAACACAGUUGACAGGCUUCUUGCAGCUCGCGAUGAGUUCGAGGAGGAAAGCGAGCCAACCGACCCACCUCCGCAUAGAGAAGUUCACCCACCCCCAGACCUUGAUAGAGCUCAGACCCCCACAUUGGAACAGCGUCCUGGCGGCUCACGCAGACGUCGCAAUCCAGAGCCAGAAAUAGUGCGGCCCAUUCCGCAUGUUUCCCAACCUAUCGUGAUUCCUGCCUCACCGGUAGAACCACCGCCGGGCGCAGUCACGUCUGUACCUUCGGUUACCUCUGUUCCGAGCAAUCCGUCACGUCCUCCCUCGUCGUUUUCCCGCGCACCAUCCAUCCCUGACGGAUAUAUUCCUACUGCUAACCCGGAUUCAGGCAUUGUUCUCCCCCCUCCCCACGAACUACAACGUAACAUUCCCUCUCCAACGCCAUCUCAGCGAACAAUGGUACCGGGUCCCGAUAAUGAGGGUAUCAAGAGGAGAGAUUUUGCCUAUGAAUCAUAUCGGCGCCAGCAGCGGCGGUCGUCUAUUGACUCAAUGACCUCUACCAAGCUCUCUGCGUCCACUAUAUCUCAGCUUGGCGACCUUGUAGGGUUGCCUGGUUCUACUGCCGUCCCUCAGCGGCGAAAUAGACGUGAUCGUGAUCGUGAUCGCAGCCAGGGGUUGGAUGUCAUCCACGAGGUUUCUAGCAGUUAUUCGAUGGAUUACACUCCAUCCGGGGCAGGUCCAUCACACAACGGGGGACAAUCCCACAGGGGUGAUCGAGAAGCUGUCGAUAGCGAGGCAACACUGCGGCGACAAGACGGUCGGAAGUUGAAACAGCAAUUCGCUGACGAGCUUCGCUAUUCAGAUCCGACAGCAGUCGAAGAAUGGAGACGUCAAGGAGCCAAUGUCCAAUCACAGGCCUCCAGCAGUACAUUGAAUAGGCACCGACCCUCUCAAGUGACAAUACCUGCACCGCUUUCGCCUUUACAAACCCCGCAACCUAUGAAUCAGCGAGGGCAUCCACCAAACGUUCAACCCCAUUUUCAGGGGGCCCCGUCUCCUUACUACAGCGAAGCAGGACAACGUCGUUUAUCCUCGGAUAGUUCCGUACCCGAGAUCAACAUUGAACCCCCGGUAAGAACAUCCUAGUCCUUUUCAUCCGCCCUAUCUGCGAGCUGAUUCACUUCUGGUUUGACUGGCGCUUCUUUCCGUGUUUGUCUCUUCGCUACGUGUUGUU